AUGAAGCUGAAGAGAAUAGUUGCAGUUAGAAAACGAAAGCUUGUUAUAUGCAUUGAAAAAGGUACAUCUCUUCCUCAAAAAUCUAAUUGUUUCAUCUACUAUAAUUUUGAUACCAAAGAUUUUCAUACUAAUACUUAGAUGGGAUCUAAUCCAAAAUGGGACUAUAGAAUGGUUCAUGAUAUUGUAUACAAUGAAUUGGUUGUCAAUCAAUUCAAUAGGAUGCCAUUAGAACUAUACAUCAUUGAUGAUAAUCAACCGCUAGUGGAAGGAUCAAAUGACAAGGUGGGAUAUUGUUUGAUUGAUUUGGCUCCUUUAGUAAAGAAUCAAAUGGUUGACUUAGCAGCAGAAGUUAAGAAUGAUGAUGGAGACAAAGUUGCAUCAGUUUAUGUUAAAAUCUUUUGGUAUGACAUUAAAGAUGAGGACACAUUAAAUUAAUAGAGAUCCAUGAUUGCAGAGUCUUGGGAGGAAAAUAUCACCCAUAAAAUAAGUUCAGAAAUGAGAUCCAGAGGGUUAUUGGGUAUUACUGCCUUCAGAGUAUUCGACAGGGAUCAAGAUUAGAUUAUCACCUAUGAAGAUUUUGCCAAUGGUUUAAAGAAUGUUUUAAAUAUCAAAAUGAAUCCUCAGGAAAUGUAAGUUUAUUAUUCUAAAUUACCUCAACCUUUGAAUCAAUAGAAAUUCUAGGAAUUUUUCAGAUUACAAUCUAAUGAAAGCAUAUAGUAUGAAGCAGGGUUCAAAUCAUAAUAUCAAACACAAGAAUUGUCAUCAAUAAACUAACUGAUGUAAUAAAACACUAUGCAAUUGCAAAGAACAUAAUUAGAAUAGAUUCAUAAUUCAAUUUAUGAUUUAUUGAAAAGAAAACUUUCAUAUGGUAAAUCAGUCUAAGAACUGUUUAUGGAGAUAGACUCUGUGAAACCUGAUGGACAAUUAACUAUUGAUGAACUACAAAGAUAUCUCUAGUAAAAUAGUUUACUGAUACCAAUUGCUUAAUUACGAGAGUUCCUCAAAUUUUAUAUGGAUAUCAAUAAUGACCAGUUGAUCAAUUUUAGAGAAUUUACCAACUACUUUAAAUUGGUUCCCACUUCUUAAUAGUAGUAGAUGUAUUCACAAUCUUCAUUUUAAUAAGUCAGCAACUAAAGAAUGCAGUCUAACUUCCCAAGUAUAUAAGACACUUAACUAUCUUAAUCUCCAAUUGAUAUAGCUAUCACUGCAAUUCUUAAUUAUGGUUAAGCAAGAUAAUGGACCUUAAUGUAGGUUAGAGAGUUCAUGGAUGAGAAUAGGAAUAGCUUUAUAGAAACAGGUGAAAUGAAGAAGUUCCUUAUAUAGUUUGGAGUUCACAAAAAUUUACAAAAUGGUGAUGAUGAUAUCAGACAGAUUAUAGCAUUCUUCGAUGUUAAUCAUGAUGGAAGAAUUUCAAUUUCUGAAUUUGCAGACACAUUAAAUAUGUACAAUAAUAGACUGCAGAUUAUUAAGGCGUAACCUACUCAAUAAAAUAUUUAAAAUUAUGUUGUUGGUUAUCUAAUUGCUUAUAUGAGAAAAUAUAGAAAAACUGUCCCAGAAUUAUUUAAUGAUAUCGACUUGGAUGGCAAUGGAUACUUAUCAAAGGUAGAGCUCAAGAACAUAUUUAAAAAUAAAAUUUUGGUACCAGUUGAUGAAUUUGAAUUAAAUGAGUUAUUCAUGGAAUUCGAUAAAAAUAGAGAUGGCCAUAUUAGUAUAUCAGAGUUUUUGUAAAUUGUAAAACCUGCACUUGAUCAGGAUAAAAACGAUUAAUAAUUUAAUUAAUAAGGAAUAGACAAAGAAAAGAUUGCUCGAAAGGCGGAAGAAAUAUGUUUCAAAAAUGCCCGAGUUCUUCAAUUAGCAUUCUAAGCUAAAGCCCAAAAGCCUGGCUAUGUAACUGAGACAUAGUUCAAAUAAAUUCUUAGAGAUUAGAAAGUCGGAUUCACUCCAAAUGAAAUUGACGAUUUAACAAUAUAUGUGGUUUUGCCUGAAAAUGGAAUGAUAAAUUACAAUUAAUUCUUGGAUCUGGGUAAACUAAGAGGUCCAUAACAGUCUGAUAUAUUUGGAUAGACUAGUAGAUCAGGUUUUGGUUCUUUGAGUUAAAUAGAAUAGGAGAGAGCCAUAGGCAAAGCAAAAGAAGUUUUCAAUAGGAUAUCAAGGGCUGUUAAGAAUAAGUAUACUCCUCAGCAACUUUUUGCAGCCUUCGAUAAAGAUUCCAAUGGAAAAAUUAAUAAAGCUGAAUUAGAAGAAGUAUUCUCAAAGAUGAGAAUUAAAAAUCUUGAUAAAGAUGAUGUUGAACUUAUAUUCAAAGCAUUAGACAGAGAUGAGGAUGGAUCGAUUGAUGUUAAGGAAUUCAUCAAAUAUCUAGAAUGA